AUGGCCGCAGGCUCCAGCAACAAACUACCGGAUCCGGGAAAAUGUGGUUCAAUGGUCCCACUAGCUUCUCGACAGAUUUACGGCGGAACCCGAACGAACAUUGGCAGUUAUCCUUGGGCUGUGAACUUGAUUUACCACAAGGGAGAAUCGAACGAUAAUCUGUUCAAAUGCGGAGGAAGCUUGAUUUCGGAACGCUACGUUCUGACUGCUGCACAUUGUCUCACUAUAAUCAAUUCUGAUCUCAGAUUAAACCGCAUACGGUUGGGAGAGUGGGAUCUACUCAAGGAACAGGACUGCAAUGCAGAGCUGAUCUGUGCUGAUCCACCGUUGGAUGUUGGAAUUGAAAAAUAUGGAAGCCGUAACAAAUUACACGUUUCGCUGAAAGGUGUUUCUAAUGACGUUUGUGGAAAAGUUUACGUUAGCAAAAUUUUUCCGUCGCAUUUAUGUGCUGGAGCAGAAAAAGGCAAGGACGCCUGUCAAAAGGACUCUGGUGGUGGUUUAGUAGCCGCUAUAGAUGGCGUUUAUUACGAGUACGGUAUUGUAAGCUUUGGCUCGGGCUGUGGACUACAAGGUGUACCGGGAGUGUACGCUCGAGUAACGACCGUUUUGGACUGGAUCCUGAAGCAAUUAGAUUAG